AAUUAAAGCUUUCCCUUUCUUGCAAAAAUACCGUCUUUCCCCAAAUGCCACUAUCUUCAAUCAUUACUCCCUUCUAUUUUUCACAUCUCGAUUACUAUAUCCCAAAAUCUCACACACAAAUAUGGCCAAUGUCCCUCUUCUUCUUCUUGUUGCCCCUCUUCUUGGAAAGAAAAUCUCAUCAACAUCAUCUCUUCAUCUUUUAGGGUAAUUAUAUUUCUCUCUUUAUCAUUCAACAAAACUCAGACUCUUUCAAGAUUUCUAGUUCUAACUAGUACUCAAUUCACUUCACUUCAGUUCGAUUCAGUUCAGCUCAGCUUGAUUUUAUUCUCUCUCUUACUUAAUAAACUCAAUCACUUUUUAAGAUUUUUCGCUUUAGUAAUCAAUCCAGCUGAGUUCAACUUAAUUUUUUUCUAUCUUUUGCUUAACAAACUCAAACUCUUUCAAGAUUUCUAGCUUCUACUAUUCAAUUCGGGGUCAUUUCAGCUCGGCUCAGCUCAACUUGAUUUUUUUCACACUUUUAGUUAACAAACUCAAGCUCUUUCAAGAUAUCUAGUUCUAGUAUACUCAAUCCAGCUCGAUCAGUUCAACUCGGUUUUUCCACUCUUGACCUUUUAAUUAACAAACUUAAACUUUAAGAUUUCUAGCUCUACUACUCAAUCUACUUCAGUUCGGCUCAGCUCAGCUCAGUUAGGUUUUAUUGUUAGCUCUAUAGUCCAUCCACUACAAUUCGACUCGUCUCGGCUCGAUAUUUACUGCUAUUGAUUGAUCUUUGCCAUUUUUGUCUUCUAAACCUUCACAUUUUCUAGAGAUUAUUAUUACUACUGUAACCAUUUUUAAACACAAUUAAUUUCCACAUUGUCCUUUUGCCAUUUCCUCUUACUACUACUAACCAUAUCUGAAGUAAAUACUAACCCCCGACUUGUAUCUAUAUAUAACAAAGUUAUAAUACUUUCAAGAAUCAACCUUUUUCAUUGACUUCUCUUCACAACCCCAUAUUUUUCUUCAAAACCUAUUAUAAGAUCUGAGUAGAAAACACUAGAAGUGAAAAAGAAAAAAGGGUUUUUUCUCUUUUUUUUUUUUUUUUUUGGGAAUGGAUUUUGUUACACCACAAGGAAAUAAUUUCAGUUCAGGUAACAACAUGGUUCAAGGUACAAACAUGCUACAAGGUACAAAAAUUCAUGCUGAUGGUACUACCAUGAUUGCGUCCUCGGCUCCUCCUUUGAGUCGCUAUGAGAAUCAGAAACGUCGCGAUUGGAACACUUUCUGCCAGUACUUGAGUAACCAGCACCCUCCGCUUUCACUUCCUCACUGCACUAGUGCACAUGUCCUUGAAUUCCUCAGGUACCUAGACCAGUUCGGGAAGACCAAAGUCCACAACCACAAUUGUCCAUUUUUUGGCCUACCAAAUCCACCAGCACCAUGCCCUUGUCCUUUAAGGCAAGCUUGGGGAAGCCUUGAUGCACUAAUUGGUAGGCUUAGAGCUGCUUAUGAAGAACAUGGUGGAAAGCCAGAAAUGAACCCUUUUGGGGCAAGAGCUGUGAGGCUAUUUUUAAGGGAAGUGAGGGAUUUUCAGUCAAAGUCAAGAGGGAUUAGUUAUGAAAAGAAGAGGAAGAAACCAUCAUCAUCAACAAAUAAUAAUAAGCAGAAAAUAGCAGUGACAAUGGCGGCUGAAGGUGUUGAUUGUGGUACAAGUGCAAAUUUCUAUGGACACACAAAUAUUAGUAGUGCUAAUUGAGUGCUAAUGAAGACGGGAGGUUCAGGCCGCGAAAGCAGGCUCUUGCAGAAAUGCAAGAUGAAGUUGUGUAUAUAAGAUCCAAUGUGAUCGACCUGUGUUUCCCCAAAUUUAAAGCGUAUUGCGGGAACUUGAUAGCUCAAUGCAUUAGGUUAUCCUUUUAUUUAAUAAUUGUGUAGUUGAAGUUAAAUCGUAAUGUAGUAUAAGAAAAACUAUGUUAGUCAUAUAGGAGAAUAUGAAACUAGAACAUUUUCCAUGCA